AUGUGGCACGGGCGGAGGGCUCAGCUAUGGCUAGAGAAGCUUGGCAUCACAGAACCCUUUUCUGGAAACGCUGCAACCCAGUGGAAGAAGCUCAAAUCUGAGCUUGCCCUCAAGCAGUACAUGAUCAUCACCCAUAACAACAUCCGGCUCCUUGAUUUCAAGGUGUACAAAGAGGGCAGCCAUGGUGAUGACUGGCUCGCCGCCUCUCCAUAUGGCAUGGUUGCCGACGGCUCCGUGUCCUCUGAGGGGGUUUUGGAGAUCAAGUGCCCCUUCUUCAAUGGAAACAUGGUGGGUGCCUUGCCGUGGGCUCAAGUUCCAGUCUUUUACAUGCCCCAAGCUCAGGGUCUGAUGGAGAUCUUGAACAGGGACUGGCUGGACCUCUACUGCUGGACACCCAAUGGGAGCAGCUUAUUUAGGGUUCCCAGGGAUCAGGAGUACUGGUGCCUGCUGAAGACCGCCUUGGCUGACUUUUGGUGGAAGCAUGUUCAUCCGGCCAGGCAGAUCCUCUCUGCCGCUCCCACAGAGAGCUCCAUGGAGGAGUUGAAGCUGCUGAGGCCUGUGGCAAGGCAUGAGCUCUUCAACAGCAUCGCAUGUGCCAGCAGGCAUCUGGUCCGCCGAUGUGCCCUGAUGAGGAUGCACCUGAAUCAGAUGCCUCGAUCUCGGUUGAGAUCUUGA